UUCUCUCUGUGUUUUAACAAAAAAAUGUAUUUCUUAAGAUUUGGUAUUUUAUGCAGAUGUCUGCCGCAUGGUCUCAAAAUAACACAGUGAGUACCUCAAACAAGUUGAGUUUUCUUAAGAUCACUGUUUUCUGUUAAAAAUUAAAUCUGAAACCAGACUUGUGUUUGAAAGCAUUUAAAAUGCAGAGGACCCCAAGCAUCAAAACUGUGAGUUGAAGCUCUGCUUCAUUUGUUAUCCUUUCUCCCUGAGUUCUCUCAGUCAGCUGAAAAAGGAGCAAAAUUGCUCCCCAUGCUCUUCAAGAAGACAUUUGUCACUUUCCAUUUCUGCUGCCUUCUUCCCCUCUCUAUUCUCCCCUCCUCUUUGCGGUAAAACAGAGUUCACGUCGCCCUGCAUUUCCCUGAGGCACACUGAUGUCUAUGCCCACAGACCCCGACGCCUACACAAAAACAAGACAAAGUGACUGCUCCUCUUAUGGCACUUUGUUUGUGUUGCACUCCCUCUCGUCUUGGACAAUAAAGCUUUCAAUUUCCCCAUUGGUUAUCUCCUUUUGCUCUCUUUUUCCAACGACAAUUUUUCUUGAUGUCAACUGAUCUUUUAUACUUUCCUGUUUCCAAUCAAUUCCCCUGCACCUUACUCCACCUCCUCAAUCAAUCACUCUCUAUUAAGGGAAAAAAAGCAAGUAAAAUAUCCCAAAGGAGGAUCCAACAUGAGUUUGGAAUGGAUUUGUGUCUAAAGCAUUGAUUUCCUGGGAGGAUUAUGGGAGGUAGAUGGCCAUGAGGUGAAGGCUGAGAAACCCCAGCUGCUAAUUCACAUUUUAAUCACAAAGCUGGAUGUUUCAGAUGCCUAAAAUAAGUGGUAAAUAAAAGUGAAUCCACGUAAUCAUUAUUAUGAUGCUCUUGAACAGCUGUUGGCUGUAAAGACUGAUUUCAAACAUGUGAUUCAGUUUUUUGGUUAUAGCAAACAAAAAACACAGGUUGCAUCUACAAGUGUUUCACGUAUACAGACUGCAAAAAUUUUAGAGAUUUCUAGUCAUUGGCUGUAAAAGCACGGCACAGUCUGCACUUUUGCUUUAUAUUUAAACUGUAGUUCCUCGUUUUAUUCCCGUCUUUUUUACUGUUUCAGAAUAGCAAAAAAGGAGAAGGUCACAAACAAAUGUUUUAGACUCUCACUCUGUAACCCUCCUACAGGAAAAUUUCACCCUGAUUAAACUCUCUGGUUCAUAUUUGCAUGAACAAUUUCUAAUGUUUUCUUCCAGGUAUUACCAGACUCAGUUUAGUUUCUUGCAAUGCAGCACAAAUACAAAAGAAGUUCAAUUAUAGAUGGCCUGCAAUGGCACGUGGAGUUGUGUUUAGCUGUUGUAAUUUAACCAUACCAGCACUUCUGUAUGUCCAGUAGCUUUCAAAAAUACCAAAGUUGCUAGUUGCCAAAAGAAAUUUGGCAGGUUCCCACAAGUUAAGUUUACUUCAAAAUAAUGAUUUAAAGUUUUUAUAACUUAUAGCAAACUAAGAUUUAAGAUGACAUUGAAUGAUUGUUUCUGCUUACGAACCAGUAUACAACAGAAACCAUUUCAUUUAUAAAUUUUCCAAAAUUAAAAGUAGUCUCUCUGUGAUGAACCUUCCAAAGGUACUUCUCUGAAUUAUGACACAGAAAAAUCCUUUUACUCAUAAAUAUAAAAUAAAAUAUCAAAUAAUCUAAUAACUGACUUGCAAAUUUAUGGGUUGUUUUUUUUGGUUUCGUUUUGGAUUUUUUUUAGUAAUACAUGCCAACUUACAACACUCUCUAAAAAAGUCUGUUAGUGUUACAAUUCCCAUUGCCUUAUUCAGAUCUAAUGUUUUGAUAAGGAUUUUAGACAAGUUUUUUACCUAUGAAUCUAUGUGAUUGGAUAUGAACAGGAUACACUUUUCUGUUGUAGAAAUUUUGUUUCUUAGGACUUUUUCUCUGAGGUGUGUGGGAGUUUGUAGGAAUGUAGCAACCUACUGCAAAAAGGGAAAGCUCCCCAUCUCUCCUCAACAUUCACCACAGUCAACUUGAUGUUCCUCAAAGAGCCACUGAUUUUUUCUUCACCCUCCAGUCCAGCUUAAACCCACGACACCAAGAAUAUAAAGAGAAAGAGACCCCCCUUGGCUUGGAUGGAAAAAAUAGGAAAAGUGGGCAAACUCCAAAUUCUUUAGAAGUUAAACUGAACGAGAUAUUUGAUCGUUUUUAUGAAGAUGAAAGGAGACAUCAGCUCUGAGCUUUUCCUGCUGGUGGGUAUGAUCCUGCUCAAUGGUUUUGGUUCCUUGUGUGAAUGCAAGUCAAUAAAUGGAAGUCUGGACCCAAAGGAGGCAGGAAAAUUCAAGCCUCAUCUCAUCUUUAUUAUGGUGGACGACCAAGGGUAUGCAGACAUUGGAUAUCAUGGCUCAGACGUCCACACUCCUGUGUUGGACCAGCUGGCAGCAGAAGGAGUCAAACUUGAGAAUUACUAUGUCCAACCCAUCUGUUCACCUUCUCGCAGUCAACUCAUGACAGGGCGCUACCAAAUUCACACUGGACUUCAACAUUCAAUCAUUCGACCGCGCCAGCCUCUCUGUCUGCCUCCAGACAUCCCCACCCUACCUGAGUGUUUGCUUAAAGCUGGAUAUCACACACACAUGGUAGGUAAAUGGCACCUGGGAUUCUGCAGGCCAAGCUGCCUGCCCACGAGGCGUGGUUUCCAGAGUUUCUUUGGAACUUUGACCGGCAGUGGAGACCACUUCUCCUAUCAGAGCUGUGAUGGUGCUGAAGCUUGUGGAUUUGACUUGCAUGAUGGUAGCAGACCUGCCUGGGAAAUGAGAGGGAACUACUCCACUCUGCUCUAUAUAGAGAGAGUGAAGCAGAUCCUGAGGAACCAUGACCCAAACACACCGCUUUUCCUCUAUCUGUCCCUUCAGGCUGCCCACACCCCACUUCAGGUACCUGCUCAUUUCCUGAACCCAUAUAAGUCCCAAAACAAUCGCCAUAGGCGCCACUAUGCAGCCAUGUUGAGCUGCCUGGAUGAUGGAGUUGCACAGGUUGUCAAGGAAUUGAAGACUACUGGAAUUUACGAUAACUCUAUACUGAUUUAUUCAUCUGACAACGGUGGGCAGCCACUGUCAGGAGGAAGCAACUGGCCUCUCAGAGGAGGAAAAGGAUCCUACUGGGAAGGGGGCAUCAGAGCUGUUGGUUUUGUGCACAGUCCUCUACUGAAGAAGAAAGGUGUCAUCAGCAAAGAAAUGAUUCAUGUCUCUGACUGGUAUCCCACAUUAUUGGGACUUGCUGGUGCCUUGCAGUCCCACAAUGGUCUUGAUGGACAUGAUGUCUGGGAAAGUAUCAGUGAGGGCUCACCCAGUCCUCGCAGUGAGAUCCUGUUUAAUAUUGACCCAGUUUCAAGGAGACCUGGGGAGCCUUAUGAAAAAGCACUGGUUCUCAAUGGCUUUGGAAUCUGGGACACAGCUGUAAGGGCUGCAUUAAGAGUUGGCGAUUGGAACCUUCUGACAGGAAAUGUUGGCGAUGGUGACUGGAUACCACUGCAGUCGCUUACAGGUGGUCCAGAACGAUGGCAGAAACUCGAAAAGCGACGCAACAAGAUGGGGAAGUCAGUUUGGCUCUUUAAUGUCAGUGGAGACCCCUACGAGAGGUCUGACCUUGCAGAGCUUCAUCCAGAGGUGGUAAAACAUCUGCUCACUAGGCUGGCAGAAUACAACCAGACAGCGAUGAUAGCCAACAACCCUCCAGAUGAUCCAAUGGCUGACCCAGAGCUUCAUGGAGGGGUGUGGAGUCCCUGGCUAGGUCUGGAGGGGCAAGAGGGAAAUAAAGAAGAAAGCAGUCCAAGGAAAGAAAAGGCAACGAAGAUUAAACACUGCAAACUGUGCAAAUUAAAAGCCCUCUUUAAGAAAGUGGGGUCUCGUCUGCAGAGGAACAAUCUAUUCUAAAUUUUCCUUGUUGCAGCAUAAUUGCACUGAAGGCUGUGGGAAGCUUCAAGUGUACAGAAUGCUGUCUGUAUUUUUAAGCUAUUUUGACUGCUGCACUCAAAUACACAAAACAGUUAAAAAACAAGAUAACAUGGCAGAACAGACAGUUGUUCAGGUAUUUGGUAGUCAUGUUGUAAGUCUGUGCAAAUAAAGGAACAUUUUUUUCAUUUGUCAAACAAGACUGACAGAAAAUAUGCUUAUGCAUUUCUGAGGAUUGGUAUCUAAACAAGCAGCCAGAAAGACAAAGCAGUGGCAGACUGACUCACUUCCUGUCCUGUGGUCAAAAUUCAGCACAAAGAUUGUUUGUCACUACUGUACUAAGCAGGGAACCAUCUAUAUGUUACUGUCUGCUCGUGCUUGCACACAGCAAAAACAAUAUGGCAGCAAGGCCUGAAGUGAGAUUUCAGUGUCUCAUCUUGUCAUCAUUCAACAUGACCCUUUCAGGAUGGAACAUAGACCCCCACUGGGAGUCCAAUGUCAUCUUACCCAUUCCACCCCUUUGCCCUAUCUCUGACCAACACACAACGUCCCCACCCUGGAGCGCUGACAAACCAGGCAAGGAUUUUGUAGCUAAGUUUUUUUUUUGUGUUUCCUGGACAUCUACAGGUUGCCAUGCUGUUACUUAAAGCCCAAACAUGUGUUUAAAUUAAUAAAAUGAUAAAUUGCUGCAGUCGCUGUUGUGAUAUUAUUAAUGGAUCUGAGCUCAAAAACAGAGGUCAUUCAAUUUGAAAAUAAAACAAGUAUCUUCCAGACAUCUAUGGAAACAAUCAAUUGAUGAUAAGGUUACUUUUGUAACAAGCAAAAUUACCUCAAGUGCUGUAAAAUUUGUAAAUUAGGUCAUCAAAAAUGAAAAGACAAUAAAUUUGUCAGCAGAAAAUAUCAUUAAAGGGUUCGAGGGGUUCGAAUCCGGGCUGCUCCCUGUUCCCUUCUCUGCUUCUGUGCCGGUCCCAAGCGCGGAUAAAUUGAGAGGGUUGCGUCAGGAAGGGCAUCUGGCGUAAAACAUUGCCAAGUUAACCAUGCGACUCCUCCGCGAAAGAGAGGUUGUUUAGCUGUGGCGACCCCUGAUGGGACAAGCCGAAAGAAAAAGAAGAUAAGGAUAUAUGUCUAGAUGUUUGAAUUUUGAACACUUGUAAAAUUAGGUUUGAUUCACUUUUUACAAGCUUAACCCAAAGAUAGCUAAAGGUGUCAGCCUGCAACAUGACUAUAAUUAUGAGGAAGUGGAUGUAGGGACUUGAUGCCUCCCACAGUUCGCAUUAAAUGAAAUAAAGGCAUAACCUGAAAAUAACUCUCCCUGAUUCAGUCUGCCAAAAAAAAGGUUAUAGCCACCCUUUUGUUAUUCUAAAACACAAACAUUGGAGGGGAUAUUUCAGUUUAAAGAAAAAGAUGCUAUUUUAUGACAGAAAUUUACAGCCAAAAGAUGUUUUUAGACCCUAUAAAUAAAGCAAUAUUAGUAUUAUGGAGUUGGUUUUA